UGUUAAAUAGUAGAUCUGUUUAAGGACUGUGAUUUAUUAUUUGAAGGGCAAUUAAUUUAUAAUUAAUAUGGAAACACUAUACAUAGUUGUAGUCCUAGCGGCUGUGUUCCUGUGUUCUACACAAGUGCAGGGAUCCAGGGAGAAGAGGAAUUUAUAUGAGCUGGCAGAGAUGAUUUCGGAAGUAGACAAACACAAUGCCCUAACGGCCUAUAAUAACUAUGGUUGUUAUUGUGGGUGGGGUGGGUAUGGCACGCCAGUGGAUGGCAUUGAUGCAUGCUGUCAGACCCAUGAUAACUGCUAUGGAAAUAUAACAGCCAAAAUCAAAGACUGCUCUCCAAAAUGGGAUGGUUAUACAUACCAAGUGGUGCCUGGUUCUAAAGCACUGCAACCUCGUUUGGUUCACUGUGGAGACAAAAACAAUAAACGUUUUGCCAAGGACUCGCAGAAUAAUUUUGUGCUCAAUGGAAAAGACGAUCACUACUGUCGCCUUGAGAUCUGCAGGUGUGAUAAAGGUCUGACAGAGUGUCUGGAACAAUUCAAAUUUACUGGAAAGAAAUCAUGCCCAAGUAAACGAUAGUGAUCUAAAAAUGUAUGUCAUCUCAAGUUGGUGUGUCAGUCUUUCAUAUCUAAUAGCCAGAUCAAACAAUUUUACUAUAGAUGAAUUGAAAAAAAAAUCUAUGAAGGGAAUAAAAUCACAAUAUUUAUUAUUAUGCUGAUAUGGUUCACAGAAUCUCGGUCAAAUUUCCUUUUAGAUGUAUUGUUUAUAAUUCACAAAUAUUUUGAUACUCAUGAUAUUAUAGUGGUUUAUUUAGAGGUCAUUUUUAUUUCUUUAAAAAAUGGUUUAACCGUCAAUUCUGUGAAUGAAAUAACUGUUUUUUUAGUAACUGUGUGUAAAAGUGAAUUAUGUAAUUGUGUGUGAAAUUUUAAAGUUUGUGUGCCUUUUUUUUUUAGAUUUAAAAUCUUUUAAACAAUGUUUUAAAGAAAAUAAAGCAUUUUUUGUU